UGUGUGUCUACCCGGACUCUAGUACAGACGAGCCAAAGACUUCGACAAUACUACAAGAGUUUGCAUGCUUGAAGACAUUCUUUUAAUAUAAUAUUUUAACAUACAAUAAUAUUAGUUUAAUAUACAAUUAUAACUUCAGAAGGUGCUUUCUAACAAGUGGUGACCGCCAGUGUCUCCGGUAGGAGGAGGUAAGAGAGUCCGCAACUGCAGGAGGACGUAAGCUCCGCUCAUGUCUAUGGUCCCACCGUGUGACAUCAUCGGUGUGACAUCAUCGGUGUGACAUCAUCGGCGUGACAUCAUCGGCGUGACAUCAUCGGCGUGACGUCAUGCUUCCGGUGGAUCCCGGCGUGUUCAUCGGCACGGCGGCUGACCUCCAUGACGAGGCAGCCCUGGCCGCUGCCCACAUCACACACAUCCUGUCCGUGGACUCUGUGGACCCUGGACCUCUGCCCUCGGACUACUGCACCAAGUGGGUCAAUGUCCUGGACCAGGUGACCUCUGACCUCUUGAGCCACAUGGACGCCUGCUUCCUGUUCAUCCGGGAAGCAGUGGACGCAGGCGGCGCUGCACUUGUCCACUGCCAGGCUGGACGCAGUCGCAGUGCCACCAUUGUGACCGCUUACCUGAUGAAGACACACCAGCUGGGCUUUGUGGAGGCUUACAGCAGACUGAAGACUGUCAAGCAGGAUGUGCAGGUGAACUGUGGCUUUGAGGAGCAGCUGUGUCUGUACCAGUCUAUGUGUUGUGAAGUGGACACCUGCAGUCCACUUUAUAAACAAUACAGACUGACCAAGAUCACCCAGAAAUAUCCUGAGAUGCAGCAGGUGCCCAGGGAGGUGUUUGCAGCAGACCCCGCCCACUGCAGCUCUUCUGAAGCCUCCUAUCGAUGCAGGAAGUGCAGAAGAAGUUUGUUCCGCAGCUGCAGCCUCCUCAGUCACCCUGUGGGGGAAGGAGCGUCCGCCUUCGCCCACAAGAAGUCCAGCACUGUGCCAGGAGGAGUAGAGUGUACCUCAUACUUUAUUGAACCAGUGCAGUGGAUGGAACAAGCUUUGCUCGGUGUGAUGGAUGGACAGCUGCUGUGUCCCAAGUGUGGCUCCAAGCUGGGCUCCUUCAGCUGGUGUGGAGACCAGUGCUCAUGCGGCCGCUGGGUCACGCCCUCCUUCCAGCUGCACCGGAACCGAGUGGACGAGAUCCGCCUUCUCAGCAUCCGUGGCGUCCCUUGAGGUUGGACUUGAUCAGCGUCGCUGUUGAAAGUCAGCAAAGGUGCGAGUCUUUGGGCACCAAACCAUUCCAUCCCCUUCCUGGGAUGACCGGUCAAUUCAGAAUCCAUUCAGAAUCCAUUCUUGCUAUGCAUUAUUUAAUGUAGCCCAUUUUCCGGACUAUACACCACACCAGUAUAUAAGUAAACAACAUGUUUUCCACAUAUUAGCCACACCGGACUGUAAGUCGCAGACAUACAUAAUGUGAAAUGACUUGUUUACACAGAAAUAUUCUGUAAAUGUUUAUUUACAUGCCUUAAUUGUUUCCACGGUGUCUGUAGAAAUGUUUUAGUUCUAUUGUAAAACUUACAAACGUUGCUUGGAAGGAUAAACCAAGAACCCAUUUGAGUAGGAACGUUAUGGACGGUUAGACGACAGAACAGCACUUGUACUUCCGGUUCAACGGGAUCCGAGCCGAGGACGUGGUUGUGGCUUGUGCUGCCCUUUGAUAUGAUUGAUUGCUAUAAUGCUUUUAAUAUCAGGAAUUCACAUUCACCCAGCAACCUCGUCCAAAGGAUGGCGCCGUAGCACAAACAAUAACCCAUCAUUGAAGUGUUUUCACAUGUGUGUUGUAAAAAUGUUGUGCUUCAUGGCCGUAAGCAAAGAAAAUGUCCUUAAAUGGGCCGCACUGUUUUAUAAGCCGCGGGGUUCAAAGCGUAGCAGUGGUUUAUAGUCCGGAAUUUACCGUGGUAUAAUACAUAUUUGACAAACUAUACAGGAUGAUGAUUUUAUUUAAUAAAUGAAUGUAUUUCUGAACAAGAAUCGUCAGGCGUGUAGCCGUGCGGGUGUUUGUAAGACGCAGGGUUCAAAGCGAAGGGAAAACGUUGCGGCUUAUGGUCCAGGAAAUACAGUAAUAAUUAGAUCUCAUAUAGAUGGCCUGAAACUGCUUUAAAAUGUAUUCUGAUUAAAACUUUUUUUUUAAAAUAGAUAAUUGUAAAUAAGGAGUGUGGUUGAAUAAGAAUAGCAAAUCAGAUGUGAAUCUAGUUUCUUGUGCAGCCCUAAAAGUUGCCCAUUUGUUGUGGAUGUGGAGACAUAAAAGACACAAACCUCAUUUACACAUUAUUGUAAAUAAAAGAUUGUGUUUCUUA